GGGCGGGGACGAGCGCGGGGCGCGCGCCCGGGAACCUCGUGCACGCGCUGCGGCACCGCCCGCCCCCACCCCGCCCCGGUCAGCUGGGUUCUGCGUCCAGCCGGCUGCGGAGCAUCCCGGGCGGCGCGAACGGCCCAGCCAUGUCCGCAGCCAUGAGGGAGAGGUUCGACCGGUUCCUGCAUGAGAAGAACUGCAUGACUGAUCUCCUGGCCAAGCUCGAGGCCAAGACCGGAGUGAACCGGAGCUUCAUCGCGCUCGGUGUCAUCGGACUGGUGGCUUUGUAUCUGGUGUUCGGUUAUGGAGCCUCUCUCCUCUGCAACCUGAUAGGUUUCGGAUACCCAGCCUACAUCUCAAUGAAAGCCAUCGAGAGUCCCAACAAAGAUGAUGACACCCAGUGGCUGACGUACUGGGUGGUGUAUGGUGUGUUCAGCAUUGCAGAAUUCUUCUCCGAUCUCUUCCUGUCCUGGUUCCCCUUCUACUACAUGCUGAAGUGUGGCUUCCUGCUGUGGUGCAUGGCCCCCAGCCCGGCUAACGGGGCUGAGAUGCUCUACAGGCGAAUCAUCCGUCCUGUCUUCCUCAAGCACGAGUCCCAGGUAGACAGUGUGGUGAAGGACGUGAAGGACAAAGCCAAAGAGACUGCAGAUGCCAUCAGCAAAGAAGUCAAGAAAGCCACGGUGAACUUGCUGGGCGAUGAGAAGAAGAGCACCUGAGGCCUGGCCGGGCGCCCCUCCCCCCCACCCCCUGGAGCUCCGUGUCACAUUAGGGACAGUGGCACAGUCGUUGGAUAAUGUUGCCUUGGAAACUUCCCGCUGUAUUAAAAAUGGAAUGUGUUGUAAGCUGCUUUGCCUUUGUCGUAUAUGUAGGAGCAUUUUCAUUUAAAUCUAACAGAGUGGGCAGCACCUCAAGUGUUUAAAAUAUUUUGCUGUGUAGGAAGACAUGCCACUAUACUCCAGGAAAUACAAAAGAGGGUUGGGAAUCUCUGUCCGUAGGCCCUGUGCUCUGCGGGGCUCACCCUGCAUGCGUCUCCUUGUGCUUAUAGUUAGGAAACCUUUGUGGUUGUGCUUCACGCAGUGUAUGAUUUUAUAGAUAUAUAGUACUGUGUUUUAAUGUAUCUGCGCAUAUACAUAAAUAUGGAAAAUGUUAUUGUUUGGCUAGAACAUGCACAGUGCUUGUGAGGAAGAGGCCAGGAGAGGCUUGUAGACGCCACCUGUGACCUGAGAAGCGAGACCACCUGCCGAGGCUGGAGGUCUGAGCUUCCAAGUAAUGUUUCAGAAAUCAAUGCAAGCGAGUAAGACUCGAACCCGAGAUCAGCUCCAGUUCCCCAGGAAACAGUGGCACCAUCUCCCCUGCUCCUCAUCUGAGAUGCUGAAAUGCCAGCCGUUCAUGGUUUACCUUAAAGCUGGCUAACAAGGUCCUUAGUCCUCUCCUCCCCAAACUCUUUAAAACUAGUUCAAGGCACCUCCCAAGACAGACAUCCCACCUCCCAAAACAUCCCACCCCCCAUUUUUAAAAACAUGAUCCCACGUAGCCCAGGAGAACCUUGAAGCCCUCCAACUCCCAACUGCUGCUCCUUGUAGCUUGUGCCCCACGGCUGGCAUACGUGUGCGUUCUUGUUCCUGUCAGCAGCACAUUGCGCUGAUGACGUCCGGCUCAAAGAGCUGUUCUGGGCAUGUGAAGGGCAGUGACUAACAGCUGCUGUCCGCCCAGCAGUGGCUGAGUUAAACUUUCUACUCUUUUUUGGUUUUAUGGCCAACCUCAAGAGGUCUCCUUACUUUACAAUUCAUAAUUAUUAGCAUUCCCUUAAAAAUCUCGUCAGUUUUAGGUUUUGUUUUGACAGAUAGAAUAAAGUUUAAGUGACUGCCCAUGGUCUGAUGGGUCAGAGGUUUGGGUCUAAAAAUCUGCAGUUUGCACCACACGCCAGUGUCCCAGCCUUCGAGUUAGUCUGAAGUGGACUAAAGGAGUUGUCUACCAAAGUGAACAACAGGAGUUACUUUUAAGACAAAUAGAAAUUCUCCUCCAGAUGACUAAGAUAAUAAUAAUAUGAUAUGAAAUAUUAACAAUACAAAAUAAGAGGCACUGUGGCCCUAGCCUAAUAUGGGUCACUGUGUCCGUUUUCCUGGGAAUAGCAGUCAUUAGGCUUCAUAUGACUUAGGGGAGAUCUUUUAAAAAAUAAGAACUAUUGUUUGGAUAAAAUCAAUUGUUAGGCUUUAAACAUUAAAAAUAUUUAGGUCCUUAUAAGUAAAAGCACGUUUUUCUUGUUGGCAGAAUGAAAAUUACAGUGUAGCAUAUAGGAGCAGAGUGUUAAUAUACAAAAUACUUUCUGUGGGGGAUGGGCAGGCAGGGAAUGUUGCUCACAGCUAGUUAGAGAUUGUAUUGGUGGAACGCUGCAGUGAAAUAAACUCCAAAAGUAAUUUUGCUUCAUCAACCCCACAACUUUGCGGGAGACUCCCUGCUACUUCCUGCAGCUGUCAGUGGGAGAAAUCAUGAAUUGACUUCUGCCUGCCGGUCCUUCCCAAAUAAAUAGUGUCAUGACUUAAGAGUGUUGAAAAUGAGCUGAGUUUGUGUCUGGCUGGAAACAAAGCAUUUAUUUGUAUCUGAGUGGUAUUUCCUAGGCAUAUAAAGUUCCAGAAUUCUUGCUAAACAUUAAAUGUCCCAAAGAGUUGGUGCAGCAAUUAUUUCCUGACAUUGGGGGAAGGUCCUCCAUCCACGCCUGCAGAAAACAGCCAAGGCCUGUAAGGAAGUUCUUGCCUGUCCUCAGGUGUGAGUAGAAAUGAUGUGCCCAGUGCCUCCUUACACGCUCCCAGACUCCCCUGGCUGCCUGAACCUGGAGAGAGUACUGAACUCUGUGUGGACUGUUCUUUCUUGUGUGUGUACAUAUGUGACAAAGGUUACUGACUGAACAAAGUGACAAUUAGAAGAAUUACAACAUAUACUCAAAUAAAGAUUAUGUUUAUGUGGUCUCUCAAAA